AUAUAUGACCCUCUUGCAUCAUCGCAUUUUAUCACCUGUGAGAAAUGUCUCAUCUGGAUGGAGCCUGAUUGAAGUCUUUUCAGCAGUGAUAACCAUCUGCUCUUAACCGCUGGAGGAGUUCCAUCCUUGCCCUGUGGCAGUGGCGGCGGUAGAUACUUAGCACCUAGAAAUACUCUUGGCAUGACGUCACGGGAAAGAUGGAGUGUCGACAGAUAGGUUACCUCUUCUUGGGGUUUGCAGUGUUUGUGUCUGUCAUGUAUUGGUCUUCGCCAAGUCAUAUACAUAGUGAACUCAGAGCUCAGUACAUAAAGAAGAACCGACCGAACUUCGUGUUCAUUCUGACGGACGACCAGGAUGUGGUGCUGGACGGCAUGCUUCCCAUGGCUAAUGUAAGGAAACUGAUUGCCAAGGAAGGCCUCACUCUCUCCAACUCCUUUGUUGCCAGUCCACUCUGCUGUCCCAGUAGGUCCAGCAUUUUAACGGGACAGUAUGUACACAAUCAUAUGGCCAUUAAUAAUUCACUGAGUGGCCAGUGCAGUGGUACGAGGUGGCAGAUGGGGCCAGAGAAGAGGACUUUUGCAACCCAUCUUCACAACUAUGGCUAUGAAACAUUUUUUGCUGGGAAAUACUUAAACCAAUAUGGCCAUGAGAAAGUUGGAGGAGUAAAGCAUGUCCCACCAGGAUGGGACUGGUGGUUUGGGUUGAAGGGAAAUUCGCGAUACUACAAUUACACACUCUCUGUCAAUGGAAUGGCUGAGGAGCAUGGGACUGACCCUGACAAGGACUACCUCACAAAGGUCAUAAGUGAGAGGGCCCUUGAGUUCCUGCACAAGUCAUCAUUUGAGAAGCCCUUCUUCAUGAUGCUGUCAGUGCCGUCUGCACAUGCACCCUUCACCCCAGAGCCUAAGUACUCUGGCAAUUUUUCCUCCCUCAGAGCACCCAGGACGGAAAACUUUAACAUCAAAGCAGGUGAAGGUAAACACUGGCUGAUGCGGCAAGGUGUUCAGCCUCUCCCGGAUGACGUUGUUAACAAAGUUGAUGACGUCUUCAGGAACAGACUCAGGACACUUCUCACGGUGGAUGACAUGGUGAAGGAUGUUGUGGAAUACCUAGAGGUGGUGGACGAACUUAAAAAUACCUAUUUAAUAUUCACAUCUGAUAAUGGGUAUCACUUGGGGCAGUUUUCUCAACCUCUAGAUAAAAGGGAACCAUAUGAGACGGAUAUCCGGGUACCUUUUACAAUUCGAGGCCCUAACAUACCGUCAGGAAUGGUGAACACAUUCCCAACAACUAAUAUUGACCUUGCGCCAACUAUCCUGGACUUAGCUGGGAUACGGAUACCCAAGUACAUGGAUGGUGUUUCACUAAAGUCAGAAAUAACUAAAACUAAAUCAACAGGUGUACACGUUGUGUUGAAUAGCAUUAGUCUUUCUGAGGAAGAGCUGCUUAAGAGGGAGUAUCAGAUCCCAGGUUAUCCUCAGGUACGAAGAACCAUGUUAGUGGAACACUCUGGAGAAGGUGUGGAAAAAAAUAAAGGAUGUGAGUUCAUGGGCUCAGGUUUAUCUGGUUGUAAUCCUAACUUUGCUUGCAAGUGUGAGGACUCGUGGAACAACACAUAUAGUUGUUUAAGACAGGUAAGCAGUGAGCAAAAUUUUCUGUUUUGUAAAUGGGAAGAUGGUGAGUCAUUCCAAGAAAUGUAUGACCUGAAGAGCGAUCCACAGCAACUGAACAAUACAGUUGGAACAAUAAAGAAAGACGUCCACAAGAAGUUGAAUAAUCUGCUUCGCAAUUUAAAGAGAUGUAGAGGGGUAAGGUGUGCAGAACUCUCUAGUUUUGUUAUUUAGCAGUAUUAAAUUGUACAGUGUAAAUUUAUUUUUUGAAUACAGAAUAUUGUGAUAUAUAAAUUUUUAAUAAUGCUUUGUGAUGUUUCUGACUCAGCACAGUGGGAGAAACCUGGAAAUACUAUAUUUAUCAAAUAGAUUGAUAUAUAUAUUUUUAUUUUUUUUUAUUUAUAUUUUUUUGUUGAGAAAAGAAAUUCCAACUUUGCCUGUUUUCUGUUGGAAGUUGUCUAUCAUGGGUUACUGUAAAAUAGUAAAGGUAAUGGAAAGGUAAAUAGAGGAUGGGCUAAAUUGGCAUCUCGGGGUUGAGGGACUUGAUGAGAUUGACAAGGAAGUCACUUUCCUUUUGACUUGUUUGGACACUGCAAGUGCAAGAUAAAAUUGAAGGGGUCAGCAGCCUCCUGUGAUAUUAGACAUUAAGUUCACUCAUUGCUUCAAGUAACUGUUAAUGGUAAUUAAAGCAACAUUCACAUAUGUGUAUUGUUUUUACAUACAGGGAAUGGAGACUGGUUCAUCCCAUGUUAUGAUGAUACAGAACCGCAUGUUGUAUAUUACAACGAUUUACUAAAUACUAGCUAAACAGAAAUGUAGAUAGAACUUGACAUAUUUUUGUAAACUCCAUUUAGUUGUUUCUUUGCUUUCUUUUGCUGUAUAGGCACUUAU